AUGGCCGGCGCCGCCGCGCUCCGGCGAUCCGCUCGCCGAAUUUCCCGGCACCUCGCCGCUGCCCCCGCGUUCUGCCGCAGUGCGCUCCAGCAGCCCGAGCGCCUCCUGUCGUCGCAGGCGUCGCCGGAGCACGGCGCGCGCGUCGCGGUGUCCGGGUCGGAGCUGGCGCUGUACCCGCCGGAGCGGGUCCGGAACUUCUCGAUCAUCGCGCACGUCGACCACGGCAAGUCGACGCUGGCCGACCGGCUGCUGGAGCUCACCGGCACCAUCCAGAAGGGACAUGGGCAGCCCCAGUACCUCGACAAGCUGCAAGUUGAGAGAGAAAGGGGGAUUACGGUCAAAGCACAAACAGCAACCAUGUUCUACAGGCACAUUACUGCAUCUCAGGACUCAGAUACGCCAAGAUAUUUGCUUAAUCUGAUUGAUACGCCAGGCCAUGUGGAUUUCAGCUAUGAGGUAUCCAGGUCCCUUGCAGCUUGCCAGGGCGCUCUUUUAGUAGUUGACGCAGCACAAGGAGUACAAGCUCAAACAAUAGCAAACUUUUACCUUGCAUUCGAAUCAAAUUUGAGCAUCAUUCCUGUGAUUAACAAGAUUGAUCAGCCGACUGCUGAUCCAGAUAAUGUAAAGGAUCAAUUGAAGAGGUUAUUUGACAUUGAUCCAAGUGAAGCUCUGCUUACUUCUGCCAAGACUGGUAAAGGCCUUGAACAGGUAUUGCCUGCUGUUAUUGAACGCAUACCUUCCCCACCCGGGAAAUGUGAUGCACCUGUACGGAUGUUGCUUUUGGAUUCCUACUAUGAUGAAUACAAAGGAGUGAUUUGCCAUGUUGCUGUUGUUGAUGGUGCUCUGCGUAAAGGUGAUAAGAUUGCUUCGGCUGCAACUGGCCGUGCAUAUGAAGUUCUUGACCUCGGCAUUAUGCACCCUGAGCUUACACCUACUGGAGUUCUCUACACUGGACAAGUUGGAUAUGUUAUUAGUGGAAUGCGUUCAACUAAAGAAGCACGCAUUGGUGAUACCCUUCACCAGGCAAAGAGAACUGUCGAGCCACUUCCUGCUCUUAGCCAUGCGAUUGAGAAACUAACAUGUAAUGAUGCCAGUGUCUCUGUUACAAAGGAGACAAGCAAUGCACUUGGCAUGGGAUUCAGAUGUGGCUUCCUAGGAUUGCUACACAUGGAUGUAUUCCAUCAACGGCUUGAGCAAGAAUAUGGAGCUCAAGUCAUAUCGACCAUACCAACAGUACCUUAUAUUUUUGAAUAUGGUGAUGGAAGCAAGGUGCAAGUUGAGAACCCUGCUGCUUUGGCUUCGAAUCCUAGAAAGCGUGUAGCAGCCUGUUGGGAGCCCACAGUUAUUGCAACAAUCAUUAUCCCUAGUGAGUAUGUUGGGCCUGUCAUUAUGCUUUGUUCAGAAAGAAGGGGCGAACAGCUAGAAUAUACAUUUAUCGAUGCCCAAAGGGCUCUGUUGAAGUACCGGUUACCAUUGAAGGAGAUAAUUGUGGACUUCUACAAUGAGUUGAAGGGCAUUACGUCUGGCUAUGCUACUUUUGACUAUGAAGAUUCUGAAUAUCAACAAUCUGAGCUAGUUAAGAUGGACAUCCUUCUUAAUGGUCAACCUGUUGAUGCUAUGGCAACUAUAGUGCAUAACCAGAAGGCUCAGCGGGUUGGAAAGGAAUUAGUGGAGAAGCUCAAGAAAUUUAUAGAAAGGCAAAUGUUUGAGAUCACAAUACAAGCAGCAAUUGGUUCAAAGGUUAUUGCAAGGGAAACCCUGUCAGCAAUGAGGAAGAAUGUUCUGGCCAAGUGCUAUGGUGGUGAUAUUACUCGGAAGAAGAAGUUGCUAGAGAAGCAAAAGGAAGGCAAAAAGCGCAUGAAACGUGUGGGAUCUGUCGACAUUCCUCAGGAAGCAUUUCAUGAGCUACUGAAGGUCUCCAAUUCAAAAUAG